AUGCAGGCCAAAAUCAUGGGCCUAAAGCCUGACUUCUUACGAUCAAGCGACCGCGCCUUUCUCAAAAAUGGCCCCAAUGCCGCUUCCGCCCAGUCGUCCUCCAAGUUCACUUUCUAUGCCGCCGUCCCUUCUGCUCCGCUGAACUUCUCACGCCACGCUCACACUACAAGCUGCGAUACCUCGCCCUGCCAUUUUCACUCCUCCAAUUGCCCCAACGACGACAAUGACGGCGCCGGUAUCCGGCUCAAGAAGAAGCGCAAACGCACCGACAAUGACGCAGCAAGCGCAGGCCCGAUUCGCAAGAAGCGGCGAUUGCGACUGACGCUCAUCACCUCUCGACUCUCGCAACCUUUCGCCGUUCCAGCUACCCAUAUCGCUGGCCGCGGGCCUUCGCGCAUUGCUGCUUGGGCCAAGCAGCAAAAAAAGGCCCCAUGGGGGCGAGCAUUGUUGCGGAAAGCCGCAACCUUGAACCGCGCCACACGCCGCAGCGUCGAACAACGGGUGGGCCAGUCCCCGAAUAUAAUACCCGCAGAGCUCGACAUGUUACUACGGCGCAAGGGCGUCGAGAUGGCAAGGCUUGCACGGUUGCGCGGCAGCCUAGCUACCGUGAAUAGCACGAGGCCAGUCGAUUUUCCACUUCCGUACACGCAUCAGCAACAGCAGCAACAGCACGCCUCGUCGUUUGGUGGGACUGUUACUCCUGUCGCAGCGGCGGCGACGAUGACAACGAGGGCGGCUGCCAAACGCGUCGUAGAAAGCCCGAAUUUCAGGUACAACUACUACGCGCCAUCGCCGCCAUCGCCACUACGGCGAUCGAGCCACGACAAUGAAUUUGCUGGGGAGGAAAAUGACCGAGAUGAAGCGGACCGGAGUGAAGAUCGUGCCGAACAUCUCCAUGGCAAACUCGAGGUUGAGGAAGAGAAGAAAGUAGAGAAAGAGGAGAACGAGUCGGCCUACUUCGAUAGCCUCAUAUUCGGAAUCGCGGCUACCGCGGUUCUCGCCGCCGACUCGCCCGCCCUAUCCAACACUUCGGUCUUCGUGUCCGACUACGACCGGCUCGAUGACCUAGCCGGCGGCGGUGGCGGUGGUAGCAAUGGCGAUGGCUUCCCGAGCUCACCAGUCCUAUCCUUGUCUUCCCCCACCCACAGCGCCAGCUCGUCGUCCGCGAACACAGCGGCAACGGCGUCGACGGCGUUGACGGACGACGACGACGCGGCUGUUACAUGCCCUCCGACAGCGGACUAUUCGCCGGGCUCCCCCUAUUCCAUGUUGUUCUUCGAUCAGCUGGCUGAGACCAUCCCGGCGGAAGGUGAUGAUGCCGUUGCCCCUCCAGCGGUGUUACAACCACCACUGUUGCCGCUUGAGCAACCACCGCCGAGCCUUCUGAAGAGGCCGCCGCGGCCGAAAGGAUGGAACCCGAAUUUUGCAUCUGCGUCUCCGUACUCGCAGUCUGAUUCAGAGUUUUGA